CUCUGUCUGUCUCUCUCUUAUUCUGGUUCAUACUUGAUCCAUAUGCCUUUAUUUUAUUGUUUUGGUGCUCGGGAAUAAACGUUUGGUGGGUUGAUUGCAGUUGCCUGGGGUGGGGUGGGUUUUCUGUCGGUCUCUUUGAUUGAUUGAACUAGAGUCUACAACUAUAAUUAUAUAUCCAUCAUCAUCAAAAUUCAAGAGAGAGAGAGAGAGAGAAUAUAAUUUGUAUUUAAUUUGGUUUGUUAUGUUAGUAUACGAUGAGUUUGUACUGAUCAAGUUGAAUUUGGGUGGUUUGGUAGAGGGAGUGAGGGAGAAGUAGCAGUACAAGUGUUGUCGGCGCAAGGUCACUUUCUGUCGCCAUUGUCUGUAUCCAACGAUGAUAUUGAUAUUUGAAUGUUUGAUUGCAUUUCCCUUUAAUAUCCAAAUUACAACCCGAAUUGAUGCUUCUCCGCUUGCCGUCUCUUCUCCUCUUCUCUUUACAUUUUGAUUUCCACCUGCAUAUUCUUCCAUUCAUUCAUUCCUUCAUUCAAACAUGCCUCUUUUCUUACUGUAAUUAUACAUCCUGCCUGCAACUUUUUAUGUAAUGAAAUUUCAAUUGGAUUUGGGUGGCAAUUGCCUUUGUUGUUGUUGUUGUUGUAUUGGCAAAUGAAGUUCGAGUUUUUAGACAUCCGGCUGCCUUCCUUCUCUGGGACUGGGACAGGGACUGGGACUACAGGUUCAAUGUAUGAUAAUUCGUUUUACAACAAUACUACCCCGCAUAGUUGAAGUGGUUCCCAUACCAAAUGUCAGCGUCUCUUGCAGCAAUAUUAGGAGGUGCUGCAGGAGCCGUGGCUUUGGUGGGGAUAAGUAUCUUACUCAUAUGGUUCUGUAUAUUUCGCAAUAGGCUUGUUUCAAGAACUUCUGAAACGGGUUCUUCUGAUCCUUCUGUUCAAGUGGGAAGACAUGGUGGGGUUGAGUUGUCAAUGCGAGAAACAAGGCGUUUUCAGAUGGAAGAACUGUCUCUGGCCACCAAAAAUUUCAGUGACAAAAAUUUGAUUGGGCAAGGGAAAUUUGGGGAGGUGUAUAUGGGAUUUCUCCAGGAUGGGAUGCUCGUAGCCAUCAAAAAGCGACCUGGAACAGCUAGUCAGGAAUUUAUCAAUGAGGUACACUAUCUCUCAGCUAUUCAGCAUCGGAAUAUUGUUACUCUUUUGGGUUACUGCCAAGAAAAUAAUCUACAGUUUCUUGUGUACGAGUACAUUCAUAGUGGAAGUGUUUCCAGUCACUUGUACGGCACUGGUCAGCAUUCACGUGAAAAGCUAGAAUUCAAGAAUCGUCUAACAAUAGCUCAAGGGGCCGCUAAAGGUUUGGCUCAUCUUCACUCUCUGAGUCCACGUCUGGUGCACAAGGAUUUUAAGACAGCCAAUGUUCUCGUAGAUGAAAACUUCAUAGCUAAGGUUGCAGAUGCGGGAAUUCGCCAUUUCCUGGGAAGAGUUGAUAUUGCAGGCUCGUCUUCUCAAGUGACUGCUGAUGAGAUGUUCCUUGCUCCAGAGGUCAGAGAGUUCAGACGAUUUUCAGAAAAAAGUGACGUAUAUAGUUUUGGUGUAUUCCUUCUGGAGUUAGUGAGUGGGCGAGAGGCUAGAGAUUUUGCAUCUUCUGACUCAACCCAGAACAUGGUUGAAUGGGUGCAAAAUAUUCAAGAGGGCAGCAAUGUAUCGUGCAUCAUCGAUGAGAGGUUGGGGAAUAGCUUCACAGGAGAAGCUAUGGAAGGGUUGAUACAGUUGAUCAUGCGAUGUGUGGAAGCUUCAAGUGAGAGGCGACCGGGCAUGAGCCAUGUGGUAAUGGAGCUGGACCGGAUAGUUGAGAAAGAGAUGAGCUUGACAACAAUCAUGGGGGAAGGAACCUCUACGGUGAUCCCGGGAAGUCAGUUAUUUAAAGCAACAAAAUAAAAGACGGCAUCGCAUACCCCAAAUUUUUCAGUGUGUGAUAUUUGUGAAAUAGUUUUUUUUUUUUUUUUUUUUUUUUUUUUGUUCAUCGUUGAAAAGAAAAAGGAAAUUGUUUUACUUUUUUUGGUUUCGUUUACUUGGUGAAACAUGAAAGAAGGAGAAGAGAAAAGAAGGGAAGAGAAGUGGAGAGGAGAUAUAUCAGGUGGUGUUUGAUAAGUGUAUAAAGAAAGAAGGGUUGUUUUGAUAAAAAUGUAAGGAAGUGUUGUUAAUAUAAAUUGGAAUUUCGAUGGA